ACUCCUCCUGGCCAUGCUGGCCCCUCGCCUCGCGCAUGUGUUCCCUCGAAAGAAGCGGGGAGAGAGCAGGAGGUUCCAGGAUCAUGUCUCAAUCAGCUUAGAAGAUAUCAUGCAACUAUCCCACUUGCGUCAGGCUGACGCAGCUCGUACAAUGGGAAUAUCAUUGACAGCAUUCAAAAGUGCAUGCCGACAGCUAGGAUUGACUCGAUGGCCAUAUUCCAGACAGGCAGAGGGUCAAUCAAAUCAAGAAACUCAUCAACGACUGGUACCCUGGAGCAACUUUGAGGGCAGUGUUACAUCUGUUCAUCGAGAUCAAAGAUCUGCAGAACAACAGUUGUCCUCUUCAGAUGACAACGACGAAUCUGCUGAAGCAUCGGAUCAGGACUCAACCAGCCUCGAACUUCAAAGCACAACAUCCCCGACUGCAGAGUAUCAUGAAUUCCUGACACUGUUUGACGAAGCGCUGCUACAUGUGCAGGGUUUUUCUCACAAUGGUUUUCAACGUGUCCACAACAUCGGUCAUUGUCACAAUGCUUUGCGAACGUACACAACCACGAAUAGCAGACACCUGUCACAAAAGGAAACCCAAUCUUCAUGAAGUGCAGUCAUUAUCUCUUUAUCAAAAGUAUUCGGCUGAAAAACGUGACGCUAUUCUCUGGGAACUCCUCUUCUCUUCUUUUUCUUCUCUUUGCAACCGUCUUAUUCGAUAACGGUCAAAAUUCUGAUGUUUUAGAGAUACUUCAAGAGUUGUACGACUUUUCUGAAUUUGUUAAUACAA